AUGCUCAGCUAUACGGUAACGGUUACGGUAUUCGCUUCCAUAGCAAGUGCUACGGUAAUAUCUCGAGCAAAAAGGCAAUUCAGUAACUAUUACGCAUGCGGCGGCAGUGGAUACUCUUCUAUAGGAUGUGGAGCGUACAGCGGUUGCGGAACGAAUUGCGCUGGAAGUACAAUUAUUCUGCCAAGCACAAAUUAUGCUCCAUCGUCAAUUUGUCAGAAUUUGUGCUCCAGUAUCAAUUGUAACCAGUACAAUGGUCAAUAUGUCAAUGGGCUAUACGUGGCCAAUGGUUACGGUAGUGCUUACGGUAGCACUCAGUACAAUCCAUGUGCUAGCUCCUGUUGCUACGGUGAUAAUAACUUUAAUCAGCCCCUCUGGGGAAAUGCUUUGGUAGUCCCCGGGAGCGACUGGUUGAAUUCACCGUACGGUAAUGGAGGAAAUAUCUACACACCCUAUGUGAAUCCGAUUACUCAAGUUGGUCCCGGUCCUGUGGUAAUUUCUGCCAAUAUCCAACGAUCACCAACAGCUUUCACAGAAAUAGUUAGCAAUGGAGUACUCCUAGCGGUGGCAGUGAACCAGCUGGAGGCUCUUGUGCUGAGAAUGGACAAUGUCCAGCAGGACAUUCUUGUAUGGCUGGAAAUGUUUGUUGUCGUUGUGCCGUCGGCGCAAGUUCGGGUAGGCACUUGCCCAUCGGGAAGCGACUUGGAGUGUCCUGUAGGUUAUGCUUGCUCGACAACAUUGAGUUGUUGCCCUAGCGAGCACAUUCGUGGCUCGAUACUGAACACAUGCAAUAACGGAGGCUGCCAUGACGGCUACGAAUGCGGAAAAGGAAAUCUCUGCUAUCCAAGCUACAAAUAG